AUGAGCAUCGAUGUGGAGAUGAACAAGACCGAGACGUUGGAGGACGCCAUGACGCUGGCGCGUGCCUUCGAGCGCUGCAACCAGGUGGUCGACGAGGGCGCUCACUCCCUAGUGCGCGUGUCGCGCCCCUCCUCCCGCACUGGUUCGUUCUCCUCAGCCCCGGCCAAGCCUCCUGCUACUCCACCAGCCUCUUCUAUGGCGUCUUCAACACCAAGCGCUCCUGUCAAGCCUGCGGCGCCACCGGGCGCCCGUUUCACGCACCUCUCUCCGGAGGAGAUGGCGCAGUGGCGCCUCGAGGGGCUGUGUUUCAACUGUCCAGAGAAGUUUUCAAGGGAACACGCCAAGAAAUGCUCGAUGAAGGGCAUCUACUGGAUGGAGCUGGAUGACGCCGCCGCCGCUUCGGACGGCUCAGGGGAAGACGAGCCGUCCAUCUCCCUCAACGCCAUUACAGGCAUCCAGACGAGCUCCACCUUGCAGCUUGCCACCGUUGUCCAGGCUGUGGGCCUCACGGCCUUGGUGGAUUCGGGGUCCACUCACUCGUUCAUCGCCGCGGACACUGCCGCCCUGCUUGGGCUCACUCCAGAGGCGCGGCCGGGCCUCACUGUCGGCGUCGCCAACGGAGACCGCGUUCCUUCCGCUGGCGUAUGCCGAAACGUCAUCGUCCACAUCGGCCAGGAGGAGUUCUACGUCAACCUGUUCGUCAUCCCGCUCGGCGGCUAUGAGCUCGUCCUGUGGUGCGACUGGCUUCGCACCUUGGGGCCCAUCCUCUGGGACUUCACACGGCUGUCCAUGGCUUUCUGGCGCCAGGACCAUCGCGUCAAGUGGUUCGGGGUCAAUGGCCGGCCUUCCCCACGGCUAGCUGUCACUCAGUCAUCGGAUCUGCUUGGGCUACUAUUGGAGGAGUUUGCUGAUUUAUUCUCCAUGCCGUCAGGGCUGCCGCCGCCGCGAGCCUUCGACCACCGCAUUCAUCUUCUUCCAGGUACUUCUCCAGUGGCGGUGCGCCCCUAUCGCUAUCCGCAACUUUUGAAGGAUGAGAUUGAGGCCCAAUGCCAGGCCAUGCUCGAGCAAGGGAUCAUCCGCCCCAGCACGUCAGCGUUCUCCUCGCCAGUGCUUUUGGUGCGCAAGGGGGACGGCACGUGGCGCUUCUGUGUUGACUACCGCGCCCUCAACCUCAAAACCGUCCGCGACAAGUUUCCAAUUCCGGUGGUGGAGGAGCUCCUGAAUGAGCUCAAGGGCGCUAUUUUCUUCACCAAGCUCGACCUUCGCAGUGGCUAUCACCAAGUGCGGAUGCACCCCGACGAUGUGGCGAAGACGGAGUUUCGAACCCACCACGGCCACUUCGAGUUCCUGGUCAUGCCGUUUGGCCUCACCAAUGCGCCGUCCACGUUCCAGGCACUGAUGAACGAGGUUCUUUGUCCGUUCCUCCGCCGCUGCAUUCUCGUCUUCUUCGACGACAUCCUGAUUUACAGCAGCUCCUGGACCGAGCACCUGCAGCAUGUUCGCGCCGUGUUCUCCGUCCUCCGCGAGCACGACCUCGUCCUCAAGCGAUCCAAGUGCCUCUUUGGGGAACGUCGGGUGCAUUAUUUGGGACAUGUCAUUGUCGACGACGCCGUGGCCAUGGAUACUGAAAAAAUUGCGGCUGUCCAAUCUUGGCCCUGUCCUCGGUCUGUCAAGGUGCCGCGGGGAUUUCUUGGGCUCACCGGGUACUAUCGCCGGUUCAUCGCCAACUACAGCCUCAUUGCUGCCCCGUUAACAGCGCUUCUGAAGAGGGAUGCCUUUGUGUGGAGUUCAGAGGCAACGACAGCUUUUGAGGCACUCAAGGCCGCCCUCACAACAUGUCCUGUACUGUAG